UUGCAUCGAGCGCGUAAGCCACGAGAGGAGUGUGUGUGGAUCGGCGCUGGAGUGAUUGAUGCCGAGGCCCCCAGGCGAAGUGCUGCAAUGCUUGCCCUACCCCCGAGAAAGGAGGCCUAGUGACUAGGUGGAUAGUGCAUGAGCCGAUCGAACUACCUUUUGUUACUGCGAAUCUUUCAGAAGCGCAGUUGGGGGGCCCAAACGGAUGGAGACUACAGUACGCCUCGUUCGUUUUUGACGUCUAUGCCGAGAGCUUUGCCGAUCCACCACCAAGACUUGCAUCAUAGUGAUAUCGACAGACACAACAACGUCGACUUUCGAUUUACUCCUAGAAUUCUGAAAUAUCUAUAUAGAGGAUUAGCGACGUCUUUCACAUUGCAUAGAAAUAGAUACCCCUGUCAUCCUGUCAUAGGGGCACUAGCUUUCUCGUACGCGGUGUUACACAUCUACAUUACCAGCACUUGUACUGUCUGGGUUAAGAGGAUGAUUUAUGGAAGCAGUUGUACAAUGGGCUUUUGCAGGGGACGGCCUGCUCUUCGAGGGAAUGUAUUAUUCCGCUGCAAAACCUGCAUUAUGUCGAUGCUCGAUGUAUCCCCUCACGAUCAACUGCAGUGUAUACUCCAUGUAGCCGCCAUCAAUAUUUGUUCAUGAACAGUUUGGCUAUGUACAGCGUGAUUUGCCGGAAAAGACGGCUGCAUUGAGUGGCCACGGCGCAUCGAAGAUGAGUGAUGAUGCCAUGCAGACGACGGCACUGAGCCGGCAGACGAGGGUGCGAAAAGAAGCCUUUCUGGCGGCUGGGC